AUGGUAUGUAUCUCACUAAAAUAUAUUGUACACUUGGAAACCAGUGAAGAUAUAGAAUUAAGGAGGAUAUUUCCAAGUGAAUUCCCUCAAGAUACUGUACGGAAAAGUGGUUCAGCAGAUCCAGAGCAUUUAGGUCGAUUUGCCGAAUUAAAAAGCUAUUUCAAAUAUCCUAAAGCGAAAGUAAACGCCCAUUUCGAGGAAUUGAUUUGCUAUGAGAAGAAUGACAAAAAGAUGUGUAGAAUAGAUGUAGACCGCUAUUCUCCGGAAGAGGACAUGUACUACAUGUCUCCGGCAGCCGACAGUCACGUGGAUCGUCGCCGAUUUGUGGUUCUUGCUCUGGUCACCGCCGCGUGCGCUGCUCCCCAGAACCAACAGGACGUUCAGAUUGUGCGAUAUGACGUCAACAACGCUGGACUCGACUCCUACAGCUUCGCGUGGGAGCUGUCAGAUGGAUCGAAGCACGAAGAACAAGGCCAGCUGAAGAACCAGGGCACAGAAAAUGAGGCCAUUGCCGUGCAAGGGCAGUACGUGUGGGUAGGCCCUGACGGUGUCACCUACACUGUGACUUACCUCGCUGACGAAAAUGGAUUCCAGCCUCAGAUCCAACAGGGUCCAGGGGGAGCUAUCCCAUCUGCGGUCGUCGCUUCUCUCUUAGGUUAAAAUCACCAACGUAGUUUGGGAGUCU